AUGGCGACACCACGGUCACCAGCACAUGGAGAGGACGACGACUUCGGUGAGGAAUGGGCCCACGACCUGCGGCUGCGCUUCGAGCAGAUGCUGUCGACCCGUCGGUUGAAUCACAUCAGCCAGGCACGCUCACGGCACGGCUCACUAUCACCACGAGAGGCCACUUCGACCAGCGACCUCCGUACCCUUUCGGCCAGCCCAGUAGAUACGGCACGCCCGUCCACCUCCUAUGGCGGCGACCAAAGUCACCACGUUUUUGGUUUUCCUGGUGGCAGCGGCCCGUCGUCUUCUUCCUCUAGUGCGCAUCUGCCUCCGACACCACCGGCCUACUCUUCGCUGCGCAACCUUCCGAUGAUCCCCCGGGCACCAAGUCCGAACGACCGGGCUGAACAGCAGUUUCGGAGCCUGCUCGUCACCCUGUCCACAACGCCGCUCAAGUACGAGAACCCGGGCUUGCUGGACGAGGCGCUGCAGGUGAUUCCCCUGGAUCGCAUAUACAGCGAAGCCGACGAGGAGAGCCAGGUGUUUUGUGCCGCAGCCGAAAGCAUGGGCGACGGCCGGAAACCGGAAUGGGGCUACCAGGACUGCGUCAUCCGCGCCCUACUAAGAUGGUUCAAGCGGUCCUUCUUCACAUGGGUCAACAGUCCGCCAUGCUCCGUGUGCUAUUCGCCUACCAUCGGCCGGGGCAGCACGCACCCGACGCCCGAGGAAAGCGCAUACGGCGCUCUGCUGGUCGAGGCGUACCAGUGCGCAAACCCCGCCUGCGGCGCCUACGAGCGCUUCCCCCGGUACAGCGAUGUAUGGAGACUGCUGAAGACCCGACGCGGACGGUGUGGCGAGUGGGCCAACUGCUUCAGCAUGCUGUGUCGUGCCGUCGGCGGCCGCGUGCGGUGGGUGUGGAAUGCGGAGGACCACGUGUGGACGGAAGUCUACUCAAGCCACCAGAAGCGAUGGGUGCAUGUAGACGCAUGCGAGGAAGCCUGGGACAACCCGCGGCUAUACACCGACGGCUGGGGCAAGAAGAUGUCCUACUGCAUCGCCUUCUCGAUUGAUGGCGCCACCGACGUGACCCGCCGCUAUGUUCGGAAAAGCGAGCACUCGCUAGAGCGCAACAAGAGCCCGGAGGCCGUCCUGCUGUACAUCAUGCAGGAAAUCAAGAAUCUACGCCGUGCCAACGUGAGCAAGGACGAGCGAUUCCGGCUGGAGAAGGAGGACUCGCUGGAGGACCGCGAGCUGCGGCAGUACGUGGUCAACUCCAUCGCCCAGGCGGUGACACGGCUGGUGCCCGGUGCCGUUGCCGGGUUAGAAAGCAGCCACCGACGGCCAGACAACAUGGACGACGCCAAGCUGCCUGCCGAGCUGCCGGUUCGCCAGAGCGGCAAUGCCGAGUGGGUGUCUGCGCGCGGUGAGAAUGGCCGGCGGCAACAGCCGCAGCAUCCAUCCCCACAGCCGCCACACGGCCCUCAAGACCCAACAUUCCGCGGAUUCCGGUGA